UGGCGGAUCAGAGCAAUUGGAUAGAAAUGCUCCAAAAGACCACAGACGAACUUGCGAAACAGAACCUUAUCAAUAACGACCAUGCAAAGAAAGUCGACAACAUCAUUUCAGAAUCAAAUCUUAUGAACAGUCAAGAACCGUUACAUGCGACAAAGUCCAAACGCCAAGAAUCAUCUUUUCCUGUUGUUGCGUUUACAGCUGUCAAGACAGAUAUUCAAAAUAAUGUCGGCGUUAACCAGAAUAUCUUCUUUGACAACAUUGUCCUAAAUGAAGGAGGAGGAUUUCAUCCACAACACGGCUUAUUUAUUGCUCCCGCAAGAGGAAUCUACUUUUUCACAGCCACCGUUCUUCAUCCGCCCCAAGCCAACAUAUACCUUCAUGCUGCGAUUACCCACAAUGGCCAAGAUGUAGCCCUAUUGCACUCCGCUGCAAACAUCUGGGAUCAAGGGACACAAACCGUAAUUCUGAAAAUCGAGCCAGGAGACGAAAUCUGGGUCAGAAAUGUUCACUAUGGAGGCGAAAUUGUUAAUGGCUGGUCCUACACAACAUUUUCUAGCAAUCUUGUCAAUGCCCUUUGAAUAAAUAUUUCAUAAAUGUAA